AUGUCGAUUUAUACUUAUUUUGUGCUUCUACUGGCAAGCACAAUAUUUAUUCAAGUCAAUUCGCAAGAUCCGAUAAAAAGUUAUUCUAUUCGUAAAGAUUUCUUUAAAGGAUUUAAAGCAGGUGAAUUUUCAGUGCGUGAUCCCAGUGGAAAACAUCUUUUUUAUCGUAUCGAAUCCAGCUAUGCUCUAUUGCAAAGUCUUAAGCUAAUUGCUUAUCCAUCAAAACAAGAAGUUGGUCGAUUAAAAGCUUUGAUAAAACCAUUAGUAUACAAAGCCGAAAUUUCAAUUUUUGAUCUUCAAACAAAUCAAUCGACUAAUGGAUUAAUUGAAGAAAAUUUACAAUUAUUUCGUAAUUCAUUUAAUAUUGAUUGGAAUGGUUCUCAUUUAAAAAUGGAAGGUGAUAUUGGCUCAUUUACAACGAAAUUUCUUGAUGAAAAUGGAGAAUUAUUAGCACAGUUUAGACUACAACCUAGUUCACUAUUUUGGACAAGAAAAUAUAAUAUGCAAAUAUUUUCAACAAAAUAUCCAGAACAAAUCUAUUUUUUAGGAUUAGCCGCUCGUGAUCAUAUUUCUUCUCGCAAGAGAAGUGGAUAA